AUGUCAUGGCGGGCACUUCCGCAAAUAACAGACGACGUGUUUUCUGGACGAAUACAGCCAUGGAUUCCAGCACGGAGGAUUCCGAUGCUUAUGUUCCAGGGUUGUCCAAGCCAGGAAACAUGCGUCAGAGGGUCAAAGGUCGAAAAACUCCUGAGGUGAAGGCCAACAUAUCGUUGGAUCGACCAGCAGUGGAAGACCUGCCCCCUGGGACAAAUAUCCUGCUUCAUGAUCUGUCCCAGAGUCUUGAUACCCACUCACAACGUCGCCAUCAGAGGAAGGCUUCCUUCAAGGAUCUUAGAAUGGAAGACAAGAAGAGGGUGGCGAACCUCAUCAAAGAGCUGGCAAAGGCAGGGGAUGAGAAAGAGAAGGUCUUGUCCCAGCUGCACGAGGAGCGAGAACAGUAUGAUCAGCAGAUUCUGCAGCUGGUAGCCCAGCAGGAGGAAGUGCUCAAGGAGAAGGAAGAUGUCCACGUGAAGUUGUUCGAGACCCAGCAGCUGUUGACCAAGUACCAGGAGCAGAUAAUUGAGGACCACAAGCACAGGAAGCACAAGACACCUCCAGUGGAGGACAAUCACCGCUCAACUCCACAGAGCUGGAGAGACGUGGACACUGACAGUGAGGAGUGUUUCAAACUGAGACCAAAGCCUGUGAGGGACAUGCAUGUGGACAACCAAGAAGUGCCCACACAAAGGGGGGACCCAGCACUCCCCCCUGACCCCCACAGGCCGUACACCUCCCUCAUUGACCAGGAGAUAGCUCUGCACAGACAGCAGGAGAACCGGCCACAUGGCAUGCAGCAUGAAGCCCUACCUAGCACUAGGGAAUAUAGGCCUGUAGCUCAGGGUGGGGCAUACAUGCCUGUAUCAAUGAAGCAGGAGUAUAGACCAGUACGGGAUAUAGAAUACAGACCAAUGUCACAUGGGGAAUAUGGACCUGUUUCACAUGGGGAAUAUGGACCUGUUUCACAUGGGGAAUACAGACCUGUUUCACAUGGGGAGUAUGGACCUGUGUCUCAUGGAGAAUACAAUGUUAUGAAACAUGGUCCUGUUGCUAAUUUGCCCAAUGGUAGACCGAGAAACGGGAAGAAAAGUUCCAGGAAGAUGUUGGGGCCUCUUCGGGAACCGAUCAUGUCCAGUACCCAGAAAAGUUCGCAGAUUUUUGACGAGAUGUCUUUCAACUCUUUGCCAACUAUUGCCAGCGAAAACUAUCAGCCUCUUCCUCUAGAUGAUAGUCCACGUACGACAUUUGCCUUAAGCGGACAUAAUGGUUUCCAUGAUAACCAACCAGAUAACCGAAAUAGGAAUCGUGUUGGUUUUGUGGAUCACCCUGAAGAUUUAGACAGUGCAAGGGUUCACUCUCCAGUGUUGGAGGUGGAGAAGAAUGUGGCUGGAGACCGCGAGUUCAUGGAGUAUUACAAGAAACUGACUCCGGCAGAGAGGAAACGAGAGUUGCUGCGACAACGUGCAGCGUUGUUGGAGGAACAAAUUCGACUUAAACACGUUUUAGUGGAACAAGAAACUCAGCUCCGGGAAAAACAGGUGCAGUUGAAUCACAGACAGCAACAACAACUGCAGGAAAAAGAAUUUCAUUUCAAGCCUGUUUUGACCGACAUUGAUGACCAAAAUAUCCAAAGUAGACUUGGUGAUGUGAACUUUGUGAAGGGCACAAGGAAUGGUCAGACAGACAGACACAGUGGACAGCCGAGGUCAGUGACAGAGACUGUGGCGUCGGGGAACAGAGGCAUAGAGGAUCUGGCCAAGAGACUGGAGUACUCUGGGUUGUCCCUCUCUCGGUCUAACAGUGGCAGUGAUAUUUCAAGUCAGAAAGGCAGGACGAAGCAGAUGAAGUCAGCAGGCACGUCCCCCAUCAACAGUCGAGCAGGAGUGUCCAUCGGAACAUCACCGGUCAGACUGGACACAUCAGGCCGACUCACACCAGACAUCCCGGACUUGAUAGACGCAGGCACAAGUGUUUCCUACAGACAUAUACCCAGGUCCCCUCAACAGAGUAACCUCCCCUUGCCCUUCAACCGCCAGAGGACCAGUCCAUCACACAGUAAAGGGGCUCCGUCUCCAGGUGACAAGACUCUGGCAAUAUUAGAACUAGUCAACUCCAUUGAGAAGAACGAGGGUUCGCUAGAUGGGAGUGUCCGCUGUAAGGAGGCGGACACGUCACUCAACAUUCAAUCCAGGGACCAGUCAUUGUCUGGCAGAGAGGAACAGGCAGAGGAUCUAGAAGAGAGCAAAAUUCUAGAAGAAGUAUUUUUCCUUAAGUGAUACCUCCCUUGGGGAUGAAGACACCAUACAACAAUAGCAUGAAGUGAAUUGCGUGUAUGGUUGGUGGUGUAAAAGUGUAAACAAUACUUGUUGCACAUUGGGAUCAGAUUAGGAUACUUACACCGACAUCUGAGACUUAGACUGGAACCAGUUUGUGUUCGGUAAUCGUGAAAUCUCAUUGAAAUCAGAUCUUACUUCUUGCUAACCCUAAACAGAGAUCUGAGGACAUCCCAUUACGAGUCAACUUAUAUCCGACCAGUCAGAUCGUCACUUACCAGAUCAGGAAAGUAACAGUAAGUUUUCUGAUCAUGCAGCCUCCAAAUGGUUCACCAGGGUAGUCCAAACAACAGAGGGGAUAAAUAUUUGAAGCGGAAACGACUUUCCCAGCCCUUGGAAAGUACUGCCAUACAAUCUCAUCCAUCUAUUAGACAUUCCAGAAUGUUCUUUUGUUCAGUUUUCAAAAUUUGAAUCGAUAUUUUUCCAAGGUAGUUGGGAAUGGAAAUUGCAUGUUUGAAAAUAGUACCGUAAAGUUUGAGGAAGCUGCUUACUGAUUGGCCAAUGUAAACUUCUUAUUUGUCAUUUCAUUGGUCAGCCAAAUUCGCGAUAGGUUGUUCUGAUGUGAUGGGAUGUCCUCAGAUCGUUGUUUAGGGGUAGCCUGCACUAAGAUCCAAUUUCAAUGAGAUAGAUGGUCGUGUUAGGUUUGGUGACGACCGAUCGCCUGUAAAACAUUUGUGUGUAUGAAGGUGAAUUGUGUUAAAUAAGGGGGACACCCUCCAUUGGUUAUAACAAAUCGAGGGCAAAUUCUGAACUGUGUGUUUGUGUUUUUACCAAAUCUUGUAAUACAUCUGGUGGUUGUGCUGUGUCUUGUGUCUCGUGUCUUACAGAUUCAACUAACAGAAAUAAUGGAGAGUCAUCUUGAUGUUCAAGGUACUCAUUGUAACUUAUUUAAACUCUCGGGGCGGUCGGGUAGCCUAGUGGUUAAAGCGUUGGCUUGUCACGCCGAAAAGACCCAGGUUCGAUUCCCGACAUGGGUAUAAUGUGUGAAGCUCAUUUCUGGUGUCCCCCGCCGUGAAAUUGCUGGAAUAUUGCUAAAAGCGGCGUAAAACCUUACUCACUCACUCACUCACUCACUCACUCACUCACUCACUCACUUUUUAAACUUUCAUUUGGGACAUCUAACAAUAAACACACAAUGCCAUUUAGAAAGUGUAAAUGUUCUUCCAAGCUAGGACUAGGAAUUGUGGGAAUAUGAUAAAUAAUCACUCCCUUAAUAACUACCUGUAUUUAUCCUAUUUAUAUGUUUCGUGUGAUUACAAUAACCCUCCUUUCCAGUGCUACUGUCUCUUGCAUGCAAGACAUGUCCAGAGUACUCACUGAAGCAUUGACUAUUUAAGUCAAUAACCAUGACAAGCCUACUCAAGUGCAACCUCAGGGAGUGUGAUGAAAGCGUCCUGUAAAAUCCCCCAAGGUGAUAAUUAUUGUCAAUCGUAAAUAAUCAGGAAGUUUCACAGAUUGGGCUAUUUCGGCAUUUACACAAGAAAGAAUACUAAGGAUGAAGGGGGAGAAGGGGCAGCCUAGGGGUCAAAGCGUCAAUCGUCACGCCGAAGACCCUGGUUCAAUUCCCCACAUUAAUAUAAUGUGUGAAGCCCAUUUCUUGUGUCCCCAGCCGUGAUAUUGUUGGAAUAUUACUAAAGUGGCUUAAAACCUUACUCACUCACACAUUCAUUCAGGAUGAACCAUGAUAUAUGCAAGCCGUAGAGUUUACUUAUCACAUCCCCAUGUCAGAAUGAUGAGAUCUGAUUGGUUCACCGGAUCUUGAUAAAAUAUUGUCUCCCGCCUUGGAGGGGAAUAAAUUUCUUAUUGCCCCCCAUGGGCAAUUCAGGCUGCAUGUGGAUUUCUGAGAGGUAGAAUAAAUCCCUUAUACCCUGCUUCAAAGCAAAAAGACGCACCCUUUUUCCGAGUCCAUGGAAGUCAUGUGACAUAGCGCAAGCUAACCUCAGCUCAAUCGCACAGCUGUUUUCUAUCAAUUUUAAUUUGUUUGAAUUCUUUUACAAUGUCAUAUUUAAACAUGUCGGUAAGAUAAAUUUGUUGUAGCAAGAUCACAAGGGGGUACGUGGGGUUUUAUGCAUUCCCCUGUUGGAUUUGAUGACACUCGCCUCUGGCUCAUGGUUACAAACCUAACAUGGGACGCAUAAAACCCAUGUACCCCUCGUGAUCCUGAUACAACUUAUAAUAUUAAUCUAUCUAACAAAAGAAGGGUUUCUCUUUGGUCGGACAGAGUGUAAGAAAUGCUCCAACUUAAUGCGGGGUGGUCGGGUAGCCUAGUGGUUAAGGCGUUCGCUCGUCACGCCGAAGACCCGGGUUCGAUUCCCGACAUGGGUACAAUGUGUGAAGCCCAUUUCUGGUGUCCCCCGCCGUGAUAUUGCUGGAAUAUUGCUAAAAGCGGCGUAAAACCAUAUUCACUCACUCACUCCAACUUAACGCUAGCUAUAGAGCCUAGGCUUCAGCGUUAUGGCUACCAAAUUCUACCAGUUCACCUCUCUGCAUUUCGUGUAUUUGCACCCAUGAAAAUGACCUCACAACUGUAACAUGAAGUCUUGUUAUCUGCUGGUUAUCGUGUGUAGACAGACUCAAAUAUUUGUGUGGAAAUGAAGCAGCAUCAUUAUCGUGAUUAGGCCAGGCUUUUUCGGCGGGUCCGUAAUCUGAAAAAUAGAAAAUGCCUGGCCUUGCCUUCUUGUUGUGUGACAGUGAUAAGCUGGAAUGUUUCCUUCUGUGGUUACUCACGUAGGUUUAAAAAGUUAAAAGAAUUGGUCCUCAGGCACUGGCUUUUGAAAAUAUAGUGCGGGCGUUGUUGCUGUUUUGCUUGUUCAAACUAGUAUGUAACCAAAUUAACAGUUGUGUACCAUCAACCUGGGAAAGGGCCUCCCAACAUAAACAAGCAUACC